AUGCUCGAUAAGACUGGUCUGAGCGGCCUUAAGAGUGCGCCGCUCGUGGCGGCUAUCACGACGGUUUGUUCUGCGUCUUUUUUACUCUUCGGCUACGAUCAAGGCGUCAUGUCGGGCGUCGUCAUCUCGAAAUACUGGCUGGACGAGGUAGGCAAUCCGAGCAUCGUGAUGACAGCGACUGGGUCGCAAGCGGCAACCACCGAGCUAGUUAUGAUGAUUGUUGGCAGGAUCAUCACGGGAAUGGGAUUCGGCUUCCUAACCUCCGAAGCCCCAGUUUACCAAAGCGAAAUCUGCCUGCCCAGCCAACGAGGCGAGCAUCUAUCAUGCCAACGGACAAUGAUGUUAUUCGGCCUAAUGCUGGCUUACUGGAUCAACUACGCAUUCUAUUUCCACGCGGGGGCAAUACAGUGGCGAUUCCCGCUUCUUUUCCAGGCUGUUUUCGCUCUCUACUUUCUAUUCAUUAAACCUUUCUUACCUGAUACGCCUCGCUGGCUGAUGCUUCACGAACCCACGCCUAACAGAGGAACGACUGUGCUCGCUAAGAUGCGCAAUAAGUCCGAAGACGACGUCGUUGUGCAAAAGGAGAGAUCGGAAUUCUUCUGCGAAGCCAUCGCCGUCGCUAUCGAUUACAAACCCUCCGGUAUCGCAGCGGGAUUCUUCGUCUUCGCAUUCGAAGCCUGUUUCACGUGGGGCUGGAUGGCCACGGUCUGGGUGUAUCCCGCGGAGAUUCUUCCGCUAAAGAUACGAUCCAAGGGCGCGGCGCUAGCGGCGGCGGCGGAUUUCCUCGGGAAUUUCUUGUUCGUCGAAUUCACACCACCCGCCCUCCAGAACAUCGGGUACAAGUCAUACGUCAUUUUCGCGGUGUUUAAUAUCGUCGCUGCCGCCGAUGAGCCUGUCUGGUGA